GGCCAGAAAUAAACCAUAAAUACCCCCCCUGUCCCUGCCCUCUAAUGGCUCAACCCCACCAAACACCAAGUGGCACAGAAAAAAAAGAGGGACACUACCACAUCCUAGCAGGCAUAACCCAGGUAAAAAAACCUCACUCUGGACGCAGUCGGUGUAAUAAGUCCAAUGCAAUGGAGUUAGAUGUUGCUGCAUCAACUGGAGACACAGUGGAGGAGCAGUGGAUCAGGAGGAUGUCGGAGCAGCAGAGUGCCCCGGAGCAGCUGGCUGCAGGGAAGAGCCAGGGUGGAGCUGGAGCCACAUAUAAGGUGUUGCUGUUUGAGUUUGAGAACUUCCAGGGCAGCAAGGCGGAGUUUUCAUCAGACUGUAAAGAUGUGACAGAGAAGGGACUGGAGAAGGUUGGAUCUGUCAUAGUUGAGUCAGGACCCUGGGCGGCUUAUGAUCGGCAUGGCUUCACAGGGGAGCAGUUUAUUCUGGAGAAGGGCGAGUAUCCACGCUGGGACACUUGGACCAACAGUCAGAACAGCUACUCCCUCUUGUCUCUAAGGCCACUCACAGUGGACAGUGCCGAACACAAGCUACAUCUGUAUGAGAACCCUGGAUUUACUGGUAGAAAGAUGGAGAUUGUUGAUGAUGAUGUGCCCAGUUUGUGGGGCCACGGUUUUCAGGAUCGUGUGGCAAGUGUCAAGGCUCUUAACGGAACAUGGGUCGGCUACAUGUAUCCAGGCUACAGGGGGCGCCAGUUUAUCUUCGAGAGAGGAGAUUUCAAGCACUGGAACGACUGGGAGGCCCCUGCACCUCAGAUCCAGUCUGUCCGACGUGUGCGGGACAUGCAGUGGCACAAGAAGGGCUGUUUCACUGUCCUCGACCCAGCUCCGGCUCCCGGCCCAGGACCCGACCCCGACCCCGCCCCAGCACCUCCUGCCCCUCCUGCCACAGCUGGAGCCAGCUGAGCAGGAUCCUCACACAACUCCCGCCCCCCUCCCACAGCCUCACCCCACACUGCCGACAGUGCCUGCCCUCUGCCUUAACCUGACCAUGGCAAACGCUGCUUGUGCCCAAAGAGGAGUGCCAUGUAUACGUUUCAGUGGCGAAUAAAAGUUGUUUGACCUGGAAUUGGCCCUUUUUGUUGGUGAUGUCAUAAGUCAAGAUGGAAAAUGGCUUUAACUGAAAUAGUACAGAUUUGGAAAAACACUAUCAGAGAUGUAAAACUGACAUUUAUGUGGAAAUAAUGUAGCCUACAUUUGGCAGAUAUUUUUCCUCAAGAUAAACUGCAGAUGUGUUUCGAAUUAAAUUCAUUUUCAAGUCAUGUUUUGCCACUUUUGCUGCUUGUGUUUUCCAAUUUUAGUCAGACAGCUGAAAGCCUCAUCCAGCUGUAGGAGCACAUGCAGUGAAUAUGUGGAUAUAUACGCAUCUGCUUAACAGCAAUGGAAGUGAUGUCAUACUUUAUGUAUGCUUGCUAUUAAAACAGAGUGCACUGCA